CUGACAUCCAACCUGCCCGGCGGUGCACCCCCACAGACGCACUUUGUUGGCGCAGGUGCGACUGUCGACGAUGUCGGCACUUUCAAUGGUGGAAGCUACAGAAUCAGCCACAGAGACACGAAUACCAUUCUCACACUCCAGCUUGCUAUAGGCUGUCCUCUGACCGUCAAACCAGGAGCUAUGAUUGCCAUGUCCCCGACCAUAACCUUGCAAGGCACGAUUAAGUUCUCCUUCAAGAAGUUGGUUGCCGGUGGUCAUAUGGCUCAAUCUACGUACACUGGUCCUGGCGAGCUUCUCCUCGCACCUGCUUCUCUUGGUGAUAUCACCAAUAUCAGACUUACGGGAGAAGAGACCUGGAACGUAGGCAAAGAUGCCUUCUUAGCUUGUACUCAGGGUGUGGUGAAGGAUUACAAGGCUCAAGGACUCAGCAAAGCAAUGUUUUCAGGCGAAGGCUUCUUUGUCUACAAAGUGUCCGGCGUCGGAAUCCUUUGGGUUAGCAGCUUGGGUGCCAUCAUUCGAAAAGAUCUUCAACCAGGCGAAAAGUACAUCAUCGACAACGGCCACCUGGUUGCAUGGAAUGCCAAAUACGUCCUAGAACGUAUCGCCAGUGGUGGGAUAAUUUCCAAUCUGAGCGCCAGCGAGGGCCUAGUGUGCAAGUUUACAGGUCCAGGUACCAUUUUCAUGCAAACUCGCAACCCAGUGGAGUUCGCGACCUGGCUGGCGACAGAGGGCAGGGUCAAGGGAUAG